AUGGCUAAGCUUGCAAGCAAGGGAAUAAAGUGGAAAUUCAUUGUUGAGCAUGCUCCGUGGCAAGGCGGAUGGUGGGAGAGACUUGUAUGUUCGGUGAAAGAACCUCUACAUAAAGUAUUGGGUAAAUCGCUUCUAUUGUUCACAGAACUUACAACAGUGUUGGUUAAAAUCGAAGCAGUUAUCAACAGCAGACCUCUUACCACCGUGAGUGAUAAUGUCAACGACGAUACACCUAUUACACCUGCGCAUCUAGCGAUUGGAAGAUCACUGGUGAACCUACCGGAUGCGAUGGAAGAGAUCGAAUUAACAGACAGUGAGAGGACUAUUCGGAGGUACUUGUAUCAACAAAAAUUGGUAAAUCAUUUCUGGAAACGUUGGCGAAAUGAAUAUUUACAUAAGCUAUCCGUUCGUCACAAAUGGACUAAUGAAGAGGCUUCAAUUAAGAUUGGUGAUGUUGUGCUGAUAUCUGAUGAUAACGUGUCGCGAGGAAGAUGGCCUAUGGGGCGUGUUGAGCAAAUACAUCCAGGAAAUGAUGGUUUGAUUCGUGCAGUUACCUUGCGCACGAGGAAGGGAACCUUACGAAGACCGGUGCAAAGAUUACAUCGCCUCGAAGUCGCUGAAAAUAUGAACAUGAAUUCCAGUAAGGACGUUCCACACUGCGGGGAGGUUAAUCUGAAGAAACAAGAAUCGCAUCGUCAGAAAGGAAAGACACUAAAAACAACUAAGAAAAUGAACAGUGAUAUUAAAGUUCUCCAAGCACGUUGGAGAAGCGGGGAGGAUGUUCGAACCCAAACCUCUCGGUCAGGUCGGGUAAUUAAGCCGCGCGGGAGACUGGACUUAUAA